AUGUCGGUGACCGGGCCUUCUGCUAAUAUAACUGCUAUAGAGCGGUUGUCGGAACAUGAGUUACAGAAUGGCAUCAUUGGCGAGGCGUCGUGGCAUCACCGUUACAAGGAUUCCUGUUAUAUCUACAUUGGCGGGUUACAUAAGCGUAUGACCGAGGGAGAUAUCGUGAUUGUGUUUUCACAAUUCGGAGAUCCCAUAGAUAUCCACCUAAAGCGCGAUAAGAAGACAGGGGAAUCACUAGGUUACUGCUUCUUAGGUUACCGUGACCAACGUAGUACAAUUCUGGCAGUGGACAACUUUAAUGGUUACUCUUUGUUAGGACGUCGGUUACGUGUGGACCAUGUUUUGGAUUACAAAGCGCCUGUAGAAUAUGAAGAUGAUGUGGAUGAUGAAGGUAACAAAAUUCGAAAAGAAUACGUAGCUACUGGAGCUGAAGGACAGGGUAUGGAUAAGUUUUAUGUAACUUCUAGCGAGUCUGUUUUGCGUGAAGCGUACCGCAAUCGCCCCUCAUAUGCCCGUAAACCAGAAGAUGGCAUGGAUGAAGAUGAGAGAUGGGCACUUGAGUUUGAAGCAUCGUUAAAAAAGGGGAAGGUAUCAACUGAUGAACCUUCAAGACAUAAGAAGAGAUCGGCUUCUCCAAGACGGUCGAGGAGAAGCCGAUCUCGAGAUUCUCAUACACACCGAGAACGUCACCAUAGACGACGUAGUAGGAGUCGUAGCCAUAGGAGACAUCGUACGAGGUCACGGUCACCACACACUGGAGAAAGAAGGCGUAGACACAGAUCGUAA